GUGAAUGGAGGCUAUGUUUUAGACUAUUAUCGCAAAAAAAAUGAAUUAUUCAUAAGCAAAGACGGGACGGAGAAGAACAAACUCAUAUUUUAUUAACGAGACCAUGGCAGUGUCAUUUUUUCACAACUCGCCUAUUGCCCAUGCAAAUAUUCGGAGCGUGGCGUGUUCAACUUUCAUUCCCUCCACAACGCGUGCUCUUUGACUAAGUUGUUCCCCUAUCUCAUAUCAACUUCUGUAUAAUAAUAAUCAAUCCAAACUAGAAACAUAAUGUUGUCCAUUUCCUCAGCUCGCAAGACCAUCAACUUGGUCCCUACUCUCCUCAAAGCUGGUUAUGCUACCGCCAUUUCCAAGACUAGUAACGGUGUCAAGGUUGCUGCCCUCGAUGAAAGCUCACCCACUGCUUCCGUUUCCUUGGUCAUCAACGCUGGAGCCCGCUUCGAGCCCAAGGGCAAGUCCGGUAUCGCCCACUUUGCCAAGAACUUUGGCUUCAAGAACACUGGUAAGCGCUCUGCUUUCCGUAUUACUCGUGAGACUGAACUCGUCGGAGGUGUUCUUUCUUCCAACCUCGGCCGUGAGAAUAUUUCUUUUACUGCUGAAUGCUUGAAGGAGGAUGUCCCAUAUUUUGUUGAGGUUUUCGGUGAUUUGGUCGCCCAGACAAAAUACACUGACCAUGAGCUCCAUGCUGUUGCCAAAGAAAUUGCCGCCGAAUGCUCUGUUGCAGAAAGUUCGCCAGAGGUUGCUGUUGUUGAAGCUAUUCAUAAUGCCGCUUUCCGCAACGGUCUCGGCAACCCCAUCUUUGCUGCUCCUUACUCUGAUAUCACUUCCUCUGAUCUGAAGAAGUUUGCUGCCGACAACUUUGUUGCUAACAAGCUUGCCCUCGUUGCCACCGGUAUCAGUGAGGAAGAGCUCAAGGGCUUGGCUGCCUCUGCAUUUGCCAAUGUCGCUUCUGGUUCAGCUACCAACAUUGAGACCACCAAGUACUAUGGUGGUGAGAUCCGUGUUCCCCACAACAGCUCCAUUGCACACAUUGCAAUUGCCUUCCAGGGCGCUGCCGCUGGUACCUCCGAGUUCUAUACCGCUCAGGUCUUGCGCUCAUUGCUUGGUGGUGACCGCUUUGUCAAGUGGUCAACUGCCGGUGUCUCGCCUCUCGCCGCUGCUGCUUCCCAGAUCGGCCACGGUGCUCAAAUUUCUGCCUUCAACUUUGGCUACUCGGAUGCUGGUCUUUUUGGUGUCUACGCCCAAGCUGAGCAUAGCUCUGUGAGUGAGGCUGCCAAGGCUGCCAUUUCCUCCUUGAAGGCUGCUUCCAAGUCUAUUACUGCUGAAGAGUUCAAGCGCGCUUUGGCUCAGGCCAAGUUUGAGACGGCCUCUCGUUUCGAAAGCCGUGCCUCUACAAACGAGAUCCUUGGUGCCCAAGCUUUCCAGGACCAUAAGAUCACUACUAUCGACGCCUUGGAUGCUUUUGACAAGGUUCAGGCUGGUGAUGUCUCGAAGUUUGCCGCCAAGCUGUUGAGCAGCAAGCCCACCACUGUCGUCCUUGGAAAAACUUCGGAGCUUCCCUAUGGAGAUGCUCUCUUUUAAAUAACGCUUUGCCCUCAAUGCCUCGUACGACCAAUAAAUGCCACAUAGAUCUUACUUCUCGACCUUUCAUUUCUUGUCUUCUCUCUCCCAUAUCCCUCUUUUGAUGCACGUAGUAGCAAACAAGUAACGGCAAUACAACAGAAUUCAAAACAUUUUCCGUUUUCCAUUUGUUCGUUUGCGAC